GAUUCUAACCUCGAGAGAACCGCGUGUCACCGCGACGUGCGGCGUAAUAUAACCUUGCGAGAGGGCCGGGAGGGUGCUUGAAGGCGCUACAAUUCACCGGCCGGUGAAGUGAAAGGAAAAAGAAGUGUGUCACCGCGUGCGGUCAUCGUGAUAUUCGUACUGUUCUGUAAAUUUGAACUGAGAACAUAAAAUAAACGCAGUAUUUUUGUGAUUACGUUAUGACACCAUGGCUCUACUCACAAGUCAAAUAGACGAAGACGUGGAAGUUCAACUUUUACUUAAUUUCUCCAUAAGUGAAGUUUCAGAUUUGCCGCAUAAUGUGUCCGGCAUAUUGAACGGCCAGUACGAAGAUACAAUUAAUAACGAACUUUCUGCGUUUAUCGAGGAAGUGAGGAAUGGCGAUAGCUUGGAAGAGAUUGUAAAUAACGGUUUAUCGAGAACCGAUGCGCAUCUGUCGUGGCUGUGUGCAGGAGUGGCUUCGUUAUUGCACUUUGUGCAAUGCAACUGGACAGGCCCUGGCAUUGACAAUGAUAUCGAUUGGUUGAAAACCAGACGAGACGAGGCGCUGAAGCAUCUAUCCUUGCACGAUGGAUGCAAUGUAAAUGUACGAAGACCAGAGCUUCUGUAUCUGUCCAAGACAAUAUUUUCUAAUGCAGAUCUGCAGCUUAAGUACAGAAGUUGCGUUUGGUGGCUGUUCAGAGCCUCUCUGUUGCAUCAGCAUGCGUUGGAUGAAGAUUCCGGGGUGCUAUAUGAAGAAACCGAGAAUCUAAUAACGGAAAUUAAUAAUCUGAAUAUAUUGGAAAACCUCCUUUGCAGGCUUUCAUUCCAUCUGGAAGCUGCCCGAUUUUAUUUGCACUACAGAAGAGUACAGAAUUCGGAGAAGCAUCUUGAAUAUGCACAAAUCACAGCGGGCUUAAGAUUAAAUUUGGAAGGUGCGAUGGGAAAACGUACCAAGUACCAGCAAGAAGAGAAGGCGCAGUUGUACCUCAAAGUGGAGAUGGACAAGGAUACUUUUCCUUCCGUGGACUGCGAAGAUGUACCGAAAUCUUUGACUUUAAAUGACGAAUUGAGAUUGGAGCACAUCGAGUUUUUGGAGCAUAUGGAAGAGACUAAACUAGGCAUGGUAGAAGAAGCAAUAAUUUUGGCAAAAUAUGAUGAGUUGCAGUUAUGUCAACCUAGGCACAAACUCACUGACGAGGAAAUCAGACCGUAUCUAACUACAGUUAUUGAGAGUACAAAAAAUUGGUCGCUAAAGAUGACGUCUUUGUGCUACCGUUGCUCACUGGAGUCCGACGACAAGAGAACUGUCGAGCGAUCUAUGAUGCAAGCGGAGUCUCUGCUGAAGGAUUACAAUGACGUAAGAGCGCCUGUAGCCAGAAGAAUGGAUUUAUUCUUUGCGAGCGGUAUGAGGCCUGUUUGGACGUUGAAGGAGAAACUGGCCAAUGUAAUGCUCAGUCUCGGCUUGGUGAAGAGCGCUCUGGAGAUUUUCACAAAACUAGGACUAUGGGAAGAUGUGAUUGUCUGUUACACCGUGUUAAAUUUGAAACACAAGGCAGCUGAGAUUAUUGAGCAGGAAAUAUCUAAAAAGCCAACGGUGAAAUUGUGGUGUCUAUUGGGAGAUGCGACCGAAGAUGUGAGUCACUAUGAAGUGGCAUGGAAAUUAUCCGAGGAAAGAAGCAGUAGAGUACAAAAGCAUUGGGGAUUCUAUUAUUUCGCAAAGAAAAAUUAUGUCGAGGCUGUGCCACAUUUGAAGCUAUCCGUCGAAUUGAAUAACAUUCAGGAACUUGUGUGGUUUAGGCUAGGCUAUGCAGCGUUGCAGAUAGAAGAUUGGAAGUUGGCUGCUGCGGCGUAUAGACAUUACUGUGCUUUAGAACAAUCUACUUUCGAAGCAUGGAACAAUUUAGCAAAAGCGUACAUAAAAUUGGGAGAUAAACCAAGAGCUUGGAAGUCUUUGCAGGACGCGAUAAAAUGUAAUUACGAUCGUUGGGAAGUGUGGGACAAUUUGAUGGUCGUGAGCAUUGAUUUGGGACAUUUUUCAGAAGUUAUUCGAUGUUAUCAUCGUAUUUUGGACUUGAAAAACAGCCAUUCAGAUGUUCAAGUUCUUCAAAUAUUAACAAAUGCUAUAACAAAUAAUAUUAAUGACGCGGACGGAAAUCCAGCAUCUCGUUUGCUUCAAAACAGUUUGGAAUUAUUUGGAAGAAUUACUUCUAAUACAGUUAAUAAUCCAGAUAUUUGGAGAAUGUACGCUGAACUUGUCGUAUUGAGAAAAACGGACGUUGACGAAGAGAAAGCGGCACACUAUCUACAACAAGCGUAUCGUUUUAUCACUUCAGAUCCAAAAUGGUGUCACAGCGAAGAUACAACUCUAAAUGUACUGGAAUUAUGUUGCAAUUUAGCGCAAACGUAUUUACGUUGCGCUACUGACAUCGCAGUUGUCAAGAAAAGGAAGAUGUUGGGAAGCGCUAAAUUGUCGCUUCAAGGAGUCGUGAAAAAGGUCAAGGAACAAGAAUGGAACAAUACGAAUAUUACCCAACAAUUAAUGAAAGUUGCAGAGUACUUAGCGUCUAUAUCAAAUGAAUUAGAACAAAUAAAACCUACAGAAUAAGGAUAUUAUUUAUCCUGUAUCAAUAUUUCUCGCGUAUCUAUAAUGAAUUUUUCAUACAGAACUGCUGUAUGAAAUCAGUGAUAUGAUAAUUUUAAUAAAAUAGUUUUACAACAAAUAAAUGUAUUUUAAAUAUUUUAAA